GCAUGCGCAAACCGGUGGAGCGAAUCAGCGGUGACUAGCUAGUUUCUGUGGUCCGUUCAGUCGGUUCAGAUCUGAGCUUUUAGCUGCCUGUUGUACUUAGUUAUUGUUUAACCGUGAGUCGUUUCUACCGAGCGGGAUUAACGUGACCGAAGGAGUGAAAGAAUAUGCCCAAAAAUAAAGGUAAGGGAGGAAAGAAUCGGCGACGUGGAAAGAACGAGAAUGAGUCUGAGAAGAGAGAGCUGGUGUUCAAGGAGGAUGGACAGGAAUACGCUCAGGUGAUUAAAAUGCUGGGGAACGGACGUCUGGAGGCCAUGUGCUUCGAUGGAACCAAGCGGCUUUGCCACAUCAGAGGAAAACUCCGGAAAAAGGUUUGGAUUAACACGUCAGACAUCAUCCUGGUCGGACUGAGAGAUUACCAGGACAACAAAGCUGACGUCAUCCUCAAGUACAACGCAGACGAGGCUCGCAGUUUGAAAGCGUACGGAGAGCUGCCGGAGCACGCCAAAAUCAACGAGACAGACACCUUCGGGCCCGGAGACGAUGAUGAGAUCCAGUUUGAUGACAUUGGCGACGAUGACGAGGACAUUGAUGAUAUCUAAGGACCUGCUACUGGAGGGGGAAGGUGGGAUUUUACUAGAGAUGCUCCGAUUGGAAUAUUUUGAGCCAAUACACCGCACCAAUAAUGAUUAUUUUUAUUAAGAUCAGCCUAUGCCAAUCCAAUACAGUUUAAUACUACACAGUAUGUUUCAAUUUAUUCCAGUUUGUUAACCAUCAGUAGAUGUCUUUGUUGUUUUUUGAGAACUUUAAGUGCAUUUCGUGUAAAGAGGGGUAAAGAAACAGCACCAGUACUUUGAGUUUAUUGUUGACAUGAAUGAAUGAAUAUUAUCACUUGUAGCAACGAGGGGGCGAAGCAGCAGGCUGCCCGGAGACUGAAUGAGGACACUUUGUCUGCCUUCAUGCAGUUGGAUUGGAGAAUCAAGAGUAGGCUGAUCACCAGCAUCAUAUUUAGGGUGAAUAUCUGGAGUAUUUCUUGAUUUUCACCUUCUUUUUUUUCUUUUUUGCUUUAACAAAAAUGGCGAAUUUACCAUCUCAUUCACGGAGGUUUCUUUUUUUUUUUUUUCUUCUCCCCCCUGUAUUAUCCAUGAAACAUAAUAUUUAGAGGAGGCUCAUGCCGAUACCACGACUGCAGAAACAUCUCACACCAAAUGCGCCAUCUUUUAAAAAAAAAUGUAUUUAUAUGGAUUUCACACUCUGUGGAAUUUAGCAGCAAGUACCGAAUCUCUGGAUUCGUCAAUAAAAAAGAUAAACCAUUUUGUGUUUUCCUCUGGCAGUCUGUAUCAUUGUAGCCCGUGAGACCGUUCAUACCGUUUUAGACAGUUUGAAAGCUGUUUAUUAAUGAAAGAAAGAUAAAACACUUGAGUAUGACUCAUCUUUUUUUUGUUCUAUUCCACUGACAUCGUAUUACAAUGAACUAUUUGCUCGUGUUUUGGAUUGAACCAUGGCCCGAAUGAAGGCGAUCCCUCUCCCCCUGGAAUCAAAAAGAAGAAUCAAAAUGUAUUUUUCUAUGGUUUCCCUUAUUUGUGUUUUUCUGUGCGUUUGUGUUUCCAUGUUCUGUUUUGAACUCUUCGCUGCUCGCUCUGUGGCUUCAACACACUGUCACGGUCUCUCUAGACCAGCGGUUCCCAAACCCCGAUCCACCACCGACACACACCGGUAAAACCUCAGACCAGAGCAGUCACUCUCACACCUUCUCUGAACCUCUAGAAAGUAAAAAAAUAAAAGACCACAGAUACAGAGUAGUUUAUAUUUCCCUCUUCUCCCCCUCUGGAAACUGCCCCAUGUUCCCUGAGGGGGGCCCAGCACCUCAGUUUGGGAACCACUGCUCUAGACCACAUGGGGCCUGUCGCUGUUGUUGCUGUAACUCUGAAUUAAUAAAAAAAAUGUACUAUGAUGUUUGAAGGCUGGGUUUCCAAUAAAGAUCUUAACUCCA